AUGGAUACAUCACAAACACCCCAUGUUCGGGUUCCUCGCGAAACCCCUGAGUCAACUGAAGAACCGAAUGCGACUGCGACUGCGAACCACAAUUCCACCGAGGUAGAGAUGGGAGGAACACUAGACACAAGUCAACCUGACCCCAAACCCACCCAAGAAGAUUCGACACUUCCAGAUGUGCAGGCGGAGCCAGAGCCACCCGCUCCGGCAAAGAAGAACUCGAGCUUCAACUUCCUUAACUUCCUGACUUCACCCAUCGUUGAGAUUAUCGUUGGGAAAGGCGACAAUGAAACCGUCAUGACAGCUCAUCAAUCCCUCCUGAUGGAGGCGCCACUACUAGCCGAGUUUGUUAAAUAUUUUGAAGCUUCAGGCCCGCGACGCAUUAAUCUGCCAGAAGAGGACGUCGAUGCCUUUAGUUGCUUCCUCCAAUUCCAAUAUACGCGUGAUUACACCGUGGUUCAAACGGAAACACCUGAGGAAACGGGCAAAGACAAAAGCCGUGACGAGUUGCUGAGCCAUGCGCGCAUCUACACCCUGGCUGAGAAGCUGGGCCUGCCAUCGCUCCAGCGCAUUGCCCAUGGCAAGAUUCAUAAGGUUCAGAGCUCACCUAGCGCGGAGCUUUCAUAUGCUCGUUAUGUUUACACUCAUACACCAGCAAAAGACACCACCAUUCGGAAGCCUGUGGCGACUUACUGGGCGAAUCAAAGCCACGUGCUGCGCCAGGAGGUUGGGGAUGACUUUAAGAGGCUGUGCAUUGAAGUGCCGGAGUUUUCCUUUGAUGUUUUGACUAUCAUUCUGGAUCGCAAGCUGAAGAACGGACCGGGGGAUGAGAUCAAGGGAAGUGCGCGCAAGCGCAGAAGAGACAUCUAG